GAGAACAAAUAAGGUGAAGGUCGCGGAAGAAGGAAAUUUAUUUUCCCCUGGACCUGACACAAACCCGAUUCAUUUCUGCAAGCACAGAAGAAGGGGGUCUUUGCUGUAAACAUCCAGUAUGUCUCACCUGGUCCCACUGGACCUAGAGAAGCUGGAGGGGGACGCUAAGAGGAACGCUACCAAGCAGGUAGCCGCCAUGAUCCAGAGACCUGAUCAGCUGGAAAAGGUGGACCAGUAUAAAAGGAGGGUUGUGCGCAAAAAGGCGGCAGUUGAAGCCAUGUUGAAGACGGCCCUCCAGUCUCAGUUGGAAGGUGUCAGGACUGGUCUGUCACAACUCCAGGCGGGGUUACAUGAUGUCAAGGAGACCAAACAAAGUCUCCAAGAGUUGGAGGAUACGUAUAAAUCCACUGCACACCUUCAAGAGAAACUGAACAAAGUUAGAGAUGAGAAUCUAAGACAUAGACAGCUGGCUGCUGCAGUGGAGAAUUUAAAACAUAUUUUCACUGUGCCAGAGACAGUUAAGAAGACAGGGGAACUUAUCACUGAUGGAAAGCUGCUGCAUGCUCACAAAUGUCUCACGGAUCUGGAGAUGUCCAGAGAUGAUCUCCUCCUUGAACUGGACAGGCAGCCAUCUGUGAGCCAAACUGAUAAAAAUAUGAUUCUGAAUUACUUCAAAGAUGUGAGCACGCUGUCCCAGGAGCUGGGCAAGCAACUGUGGAUCAGGCUCCAGAGAACACUGACCACCGUCCGGCGAGACCCCACCGCCAUAGUAACAGCACUUAGGAUCAUAGAGAGGGAGGAGAGGAAAGACAGUUUUAUGCUGAAGAGACAAGAACAGACAGGAUUUCUUCCUCCUGGUAGACCUAAGAAAUGGAGAGAGAAGUGUUUUGAGGUGCUUGGAGAAGCUGUUGCUGCCAGGAUUGAGGGCAGCCAGCUUGAAGACCGGACCCUGGAAAAGAUGUGGCUGGUCAGACAUCUAGAGAUCACCAGACAGCUGACCAUAGAAGACCUCAGGGUGGUCAAGUCAGUGUGUGAGCCCUGUUUUCCACCAGAAUAUGAUGUUGUACAGAGAUACUUGAAGAUGUACCAUGAAGCCAUAGGAAAUCAUAUUUUGGAAUUAAUAUCGCAGGAUUUGGAAAAGAAUGAAAUAGUCUCACUCCUGACCUGGGUGAAUGCAUAUUGGUCGACUCACCUGAUGAACCAUCCUGAGCUGAAAGAUUUGAACAAAGACAACCUGGGCCCUCUCCUGGAGAACAGUGUUCUGGAGGAUCUGCAACAAAAGUACCUGACCACUAUGAAGAAGGAUAUAGAAGACUGGAUGAGCAAGGCUCUGCAGUCAGAUCUAAAGGACUGGUUUCGGGAGAUCAAACCUGACUCAGAUGCUCAAGGUUACUUCAGCACUCCAAUGCCUAUCAUUCUAUUUGAGAUGAUUGAACAGAAUCUCCAAGUUGCAGCUCACAUCAACAAGGACCUUACCCUGAAGGUGCUGGAUCUGUGCAUAGAUGAACUGCAGGCUUUUGCCAAAAUGUUCAGUGGAGAGAUGAGGCGAUAUAAAGAACGACACUUUGAAGAUAGAGGGCAGCCUCCUUGCUACAUCCAUUAUAUGAUGGCCAACAUCAACAACUGCCUGGCAUUUGUGGACCUCAUGGAUCACCUGUGUAACAAGUACAUCAAGGGGGACUCUGCCACGGAGCACAAGAGGUUCCGAACCAUGGCCAAGAUAUUUGAAUCCAUUUCCAGAGAGGGCUGUAGCUACUUACUGGAGGAGGUGUUUAUGGAUCUCCGUGAACAUUUGGAUGCACUUCUCACACGAGACAAGUGGUAUAAUAGUCAGGUUCCCAUAGACACCAUAUGUAUCACAGUAGAAGAUUACUGCUCUGACUUUAUUCACCUCAAACCAAAGUCCUUCACCCACAUCAUGGUGACUGCCUUGGAGAGGGUCAUGUUGGAAUACAUCAAGGCACUGGUGACUCCCAGCAGGAAGAUCACUUUCCGGAACUAUGAAGAUCGUCGCACUGCCGGUGAUAAAAUAGUACAGGAGGCUGACCAGUUGUUUAACACUUUCCAGCGCCUGGCCCCUGUGUCUGCUGAGCAAGAGGCCAUGAUCAACACACUCCCUAUGUUGGCUGAGGUACUGAAGUUACAGGACACUGCUAUGUUGGCUCUAGAAAUUUCUACAAUAGCCCAGAAGCACCCUGACGUCCACCCUGAGCAGCUGGUUAACUUGAUGGCACUGAGGGGGGAUAUUGGAAAAUCUGAUGCCAGAAAUUUGGCAAUUGAAGCAGUGGGCGAGGAAGAGUCGAGACCAGUGGGGCUGUUUACUAAAGUGCAAAAUUUAUAACAGACACAAGUUUAACUACAGUGUUACAUUGCAUGUGAUAUAAAAAGUUGAAUAAUUGCUAAACUGAUAAUUAUAAUUGGUAAAAAAAAUCAUGGCCAGUAUAUCCUUGUAAGAUGGCGGGGAAAUUAUUACAGUGCUUUCCUAAUUGUUAUGACUAUACUUGCUGUAUUGGAGAAAUCUGCCCGUAGAAAGCAAUUUCAGAAAGGGGGGGGGGAGGUCUUUUUCUGAUAAAAAGGACCUUUUACCAGAGCAGAAAUUUUCCUGGCAAAAACUGGAGGAGGGGGGGGGGGGAGGUCUUUGCACCCAUCCCAACAGUAACAACAACAGGUUUAGACACUGACACUAAGCUGCUGUCACUGCACCAGUUUGGUCUUCUCUCUAGUGACCAUGAUCGACUGUGGAUGAGGAAGAAUUAUGUGUCAGCUUUCCUUUAAGUUGCAAAAAAAAAAAAAAAAAACUGUCAUCAGAUUUUUAAAGUCUGGCAGCAGUUCAGGAAGGAAACUAAUUUUGCUUUCCUUGUAACGUGUUGUAUAAAGACUGCCAUAUACAUUUAUGUGAAUUAAAAUUGCACAUUGUCAUACCAGAAUACAGGCAAAUAUAUGGAUAUGAUGUAAUUAUUUGGUCAACGAAAUCAAAAUGGUGCUUAAUUGUCAAUGAGUUAAAAAGUGCAUGCUGUACUUGUCUUGAGUAUUCAAAGGUUGAUACAA